CCGAAUCUGGCUCGCAGCUCAAACCAGAUGAUUUGUACUUUUGUGCACUUACCAUGAUCAGCGCAUUCUUCCUAUAUAAUGUCAAGGGCGAGGUGCUGAUCUCGCGGCUGUUCCGUGACGGCAUCCGCCGCAACGUCUGCGAAGUGUUCCGCAUCCAGGUCAUCUCCAAAUGUUCCGAUAUCAAGUCUCCCGUGUUGACCCUGGGCUCCACUUCGUUUCUGCACAUACGUCACGGCGCGCUGUGGAUCGUCGCUGUCACACGCUCCAAUGUGGACGCUUCAAUUGUUCUCGAAUACCUCCAUCGCUUUGUGGAGUUGCUGAAACGGCUCUUCGAGGUGGACAACGUUACCGAGGACGACGUCAAGGCCCACUUCCCGCUCGUUUACGAGGUGCUCGACGAGUCCAUAGAGUCCGGACACGUCUCCAACUUGGAUCUGUCCACCUUGCGGCCGUAUUUGUCCUCGCAGACUGCCGAAACCGGCAGAUUUAAAAACAGCACCGCCAGUGGCCUGCUCGCAAAAGCGGGCUCCAUCAGACGCAAGUCUGCAGGCAAACUUCCGCAGAUCAUCAACGCCCCGCUCGACGUGGCCGCCGCAUCGCACCCCUGGCGGCCGCAGGCACUCAAAUACAAGAAAAACAUGGUCCAGAUCGACCUCGUCGAGGACUUCAACCUGCUCACCACGGCGAACGGCUUUGUGCUGCGCUCGUUUGUCGAGGGCCGCAUUUUAAUGGACUGCCGCAUCUCUGGGAUUCCAACGUGUCUGCUGGGCCUCGUCCACGAAAACCAGAACGACGCAUACCAAGAAUUCAAAUCUGGCGACUGCACGUUCCACCAGUGCGUCAACCUCAAAGAUUUCGACGAGCACAGAAUAAUUAAAUUUAUUCCUCCUGACGGCAAGUUCGAACUGCUGAGCUACCGCACAGACGUGGAAAACCCGCCGUUCAACGUCUACACCACCAGGGACCCCUACGGCAGUGGCUCUGAAUCGUCCUACACGGUGGACUUAGAGUCUGCAUAUCCGUCGAACGUCGCUGCCACUAACGUUGUUCUCCGAAUUCCUGUGCCACCUGGGACGUCGAAACUGCGAGCAAACACAGAAACUGGUAAAUGUCGACUUGUACAAGAGGAAAACGUGGUGCAGUGGAGUCUUAAGAAAAUGAAUGGUGGCCAGAAGCACAGGUUGCAGUUUGCCGUGCCCAACACUCCGGCCCACGCUGUGGCUGCCAAGCCGCCGAUCUCGCUCAGCUUCUCGAUCGAGUCGUAUUCUGCGGGAGGCCACAAAAUCAAGUUUUUCAAAGUGCACGAGCCCACCAUGAAUUACGCCACAGUCAAGAGCGUCACAUACCUGACCAGAGCGAAAAGCUACGAGAUCCGUAUGUGAUUGGGGACAUCCGUACACCAGAUACAAAGAAUAUAAAGAAAAUAAGGAUUAUUUAUUUCCCCGCACAGAGCUGUUCGGAUGCUGACAAGUCUGUUACGAGUGCAGCCUUUUCGGCCGCUACUGUCGUUGCAGACUUUGCGCAAUGUGUCGCAGAUGCGACAGGUGAAGCUUUGGUGGCUCAAUGGGCCGUCAAAUGCCUUAUUUAAAAUGGAUAGAGCCCGGUUCCGGAUCAGGAAGCGACUGGACGAGCUUUUGCGCGAAGCUGUGCCCUACAGCGAUAUCAAGCAGCUGUUGCUGAGCAGAGUUUUUUCAGAUAAACCCUAUGUUCUUGAACGAGCGAUGGAUCGAUAUCUGACCCAGUUUGAGAGACCAACUGAUCGUACGCCGGUGCCCGGUACAGAGUCUUCAAUCGUGAGCCACGAAUAUUACAAUGCGCGUAAACAGAGAUACGAGGCAAAGCUGAAUAAUUCUCAGGCCAUCGACCCGCUCUCAUCGCCGCAGUACCUGAAGUUUUUCAAAGAACUGCGAAGGGAUCACCCUGGAAUAUCGCGGCUGCAAAAGGCAUACUUCGCACUGCCCCGCCCGGCCCCUUUGUACAUGCAGCCGCAGGACCUGGAGUUCUUCAUACAGUAUUUGUGCAACUGUCCGCUUGCUUUGCGCAAAGAUACUUUCGGAGUGCACUUUUUGCACGACAUGCACCAGUCGGGACUGAAGCUGGGUCUCGGCGAGUUUUUCAAGCUGCUGGACUCCCUGAAAGGCAUAGUUGCGCUCGAGUCCGUGUAUGGGAUAUACAAGCAGCAAUGUGGCGUAUCUCCCACGUUCAUGGGACGCAUGCUGAAGUACUCAUUGUCUGAGCGAAAUAUGGCCGGCUGGGACAUGGAUAUCAAGAGUGCGACCACCGCGUUGCAGCGUCAGAUACUGAAAGACCUUGUGAAUCGCAAUGUUGUGCCGAACAUGUACCUGAUGCAGCAGCUGCUAAAAAUCGGCCGCAGAGCGUCGGACGCGUUGUUCCUGUUGGAGAUCACGGAGCUGGCUCUACACUGCCGUGUUGUGCACAGACAGACGGUGCGCACGAUAGCAAGCUGCCUGGAGCAACAUCAGGAAGAAGAUCUGGCUGCCGAGUUUCUGCAAGCGUAUCGACUGCUGAACAAUCGGUUCGACACAGAUCUAAACCCGAGUGUGCAGUUCCAGCGGGGCCAAGUGCUCGAACACCAUUUGGAGCACACGGCAGGCAGCUGGUGCGAGGUGGUGUACUAGGCAGUGCGUGGCAGCAGGGCAGAUCUGAGCACCAAUUUUUUCUUUAUAGAGACAACCUCUUAACACCGCCAGAAACUUUUUUUUUAGAAGGCGCGAUUUUGGCCACGCAAAAAAAAAUUGUCAAGUGGAGUGUUAAAGCAGUUGUAUCAGGUGUGAAAACAUAGAAACACCGACUAGCGAUAGAACGAAACGGACGGAAUCAAGAGAGAUCUGUAGGACUAAUCGCUAUAACGUUUUUUUUCCCGGGAAAAGAAGAGUCGAAACGGUUGAAAUUGCCUAUACAGCAAACAAACACAGUUACAAAUUAAUUAGCGAUGUCUGAGCCUAUCAAGAAGGGCAACAUUGCCCAGGCACCUACUCCGCACAAUACACCGGCCUCUGUGAGUGGAUCCUAUCUGAAGAAUGCUCCAUUGCCUACAAUCCCGUCCACAAUAAAGGAGGACGAUGAGCUACGCAAGAAACUACUGGCCAACCCUGCAAUUUUGUCGAUGAUCGAAGGUAAGCUGAACACGCUGGUUGGUUCAGACUCGGGUUAUGUGAAGGCGCUUCCUCCGAAAAUCAAAAACCGUUUGUACGGGCUCAAGGCUUUGCAACAGAAACAAUUCAAGCUGGAGGCGGAAUUCCAAAUGGAGCUUUUAAAUCUCGAGAAAAAGUACCACGAGAAGCACCAACCGAUUUUUGAAAAAAGAAAGAAGCUUGUCACAGGCUCGCUGGAGCCUGCUCCGGAAGAGAUCGAGGAGGGCCAGGCCCUGAUGGGCGAGGAAGAAGACGAGGAAGACGAGGCAGACGAGACCAAGACAGAGAUCGACGAGAGUUUGAAGGACGUCAAGGGCGUGCCAAGCUUCUGGCUCACGGCGAUGGAAAACCUGGGUCCGAUCGCAGAGCUGAUCACGGACCGGGAUUCGGAGGCCUUGAACCACCUGAUCGACAUUCGACUGGAGUAUUUCGACGCUUUGGGAUUCAGACUGGUGUUCGAGUUUGAGGAAAACGACUACUUCACCAACAAGGAGCUUGUGAAGACUUACUACUACCAGAAGGAGCUCGGAUACUCACGGGACUUUGUGUACGACCACGCAGAGGGCUGCGACAUAAAAUGGAAGGACAACGACCACAACCUCACGAUCACGGUUGAGAAGCGGAAACAGAGAAACAAGCACACAAAGCAGGUGAGAACAAUCGAGAAGCUAACGGCCGUGGACUCGUUCUUCAACUUCUUCAAUCCGCCACAGCCACCAAAGAGCAAGGAGGAGCAGGAAGACGCCGACGAAGAGGAGGACGAAGAGGACGAAGAGGAAGAGGAGGAGGAUCUUGAGCAGAGACUGCAGCUCGACUACGAGAUCGGCGAGCUGUUCAAGGACAAGCUGCUUCCUAGAGCAAUUGACUGGUUCACGGGACAAGCGUUGGAGUACGAGUAUGACGACGGUGAGGAGGAGGAGGACUACGAAGAGGAGGAGGAGGAUUCUGAGGCAGAUGAGAGCGAUGAGGACGAGGAUUCUGAGGAAGAUGGUUCAGGUCAGGCCGGCGGCGCCAAGGUACAGCAGCCGGCCGAGUGUAAGCAGCAGUGAGGAAGGAGAGGUGACCUUUGCUUGUAGGCAAGCUGAAAAUGUAUUUAAGCAAAUAAGAAUUGAAUCCGCCACGGGCCAUGUGGCGCAGCAACUAAUUAAU